AAUAAAAGCUAUCUCUCUCUCUCUCUCUCUAGCCGUUGGCUGGCCUAUUCAGUCAUACUCGUCUGUCGACCACUUUCCCCAUAAAUGCCUUUGCCUUAACUCCCAAAUUAAUAAGCACAAAAUCCACAAGCAAAUUGCAAAUUUGCAAAUAAAUACACAAAUAUUGUUAGCUCAUUUUUGUGUCAACUUCUUCCAAUGGCUUGCUUGGUCUUGCCAAUUACAAUGCUGAAAAAGAGGUGCAUGGGGUCACGGAUAGGCGGCUACCGGCAUUUAACCGAAGAGGGGUUCGGAGGGUUGGAGAAUCCGGUGACCGUGGUGGUCGGGAAGGAGAAGAGGGAGUUCUUGGUAGACCCUUUUGUGCUAGAAGAGAGCCCGUUUCGGGUUUUGAUCGAGAUGAUGAACAAGGACAAGAAGAUGGUGGAUUUUAUUGAUCAUGAGAAUGGCAAGGGGAGGAUGGUUUUUGUGGAUGUUGAUGCUAUUCUUUUCGAGCAUAUGCUUUGGUUGAUGUAUAAUGAUUGUUCUUCUUUGUUCAAGCUCAAUCUUAAGGAGAUCAUCGACUUCUAUGCUCAAGAUAAUUAGGCAGAUUCCAGAGGAAAAUACAGAGAGGUACUUCAUAUGAAACAGAGGUACCAUGCUGCUGCUCACUGAUACGAGUCUAUAGAAUUCUUCUUGUAAAGAAAUAUUUUAUAAUCUAAUAACUCACACAUGAAUAUACAUAUUGCAAUGGAUAAUUAUUCAUC